UGGGGUCGGCCAUGAAUCCCAUUGAGGCUGAAGCUGUACAUCCCCGCCACUCAACCGCUGGGGCAUUGAAUGCCUCAGCAUGGGGUCACAAUCUCAAUUCACUGUCCACAUGAAGAGAUUCCGCCAAUUGGUGAGCAACGUCAAACUAGGCACUGUCCCACUGUGUUCACGCUCUCGUCUGCUCUUACGUACAUCUUUUGACCACUUGAAUUGAGACUCUGGGGUCUAUCACGCUUUCGUCGGUAAGGCAGUUCGCGCGCUCAGCCCUCCCCUUAGCGCUGGAUAGGGAGCGUGAUGCUACUUUGAUGCUCGAAGCAAGGAUAGCAUGAGUAUUGCAGGUGUGUUCAAAAGGGUUCCCACACCUGGCCUGGUUCUUUGCCUCGCUGCUCGCACCGAAGCUGACGUCACAGUCCAAGGGUAGCGAGACGUCCCCUCGACAAAGCAACCUGCGUGAUCGCCAUCCAUCUGAGUUCAGAGAUGGCCUCCCCGCCGCCUUCGCCAACGGGGUCCUACUCGGCCACCCCGUCCAUCUCCAACGGCAGUCAGAGUGGCGGCAGCGCAGGAUUCUCAGCGAAGCUGACGAACACCAUCUCCUCAUACCUUUUUGAGUCUGCGAUCUCCAUCUCCGCUACCCCUACUCGCCUGCCCACGCAAAGACGUAAGACCCCGCUCUCUUUGCCCCAGACGACGAGCAAUUUCCGCCAAUUCGUGCAGAAAAGUGGGGGUCUGUUCUACUUUCAAGAUGCAGUCGAGGCAACAUUAUUGUGGGAUGAUUGGAGCUGGACACUUAUGUGGAUGGGGAUAUGGGCUGUCAUUGCCAUUUACCCGUAUCUUCUCCUCGCAGCUCCCUCCUUCAUCCUCUGCAUUAUCCUCAUGAAGACUCACCAAGCCCGCUUUCCGCCGUCGAACCUCCCGUCACCAGGCAGAGGCGCGACGACAGGCGCGGCGACGUCAAGCACGACACCGCUCUCCGAGGCCGAGGUAAAGCGAACACCUGCUGAUGUACUUCGUCACUCGGUGCUGCAGCCUAGCAGCAUCGGUGAAGGUGCCGUCCGUCCGCCGCUCGUACCUAGUCCGCCAGCCGAGGGCAGCGUCCGGUAUCUCGAGAAUUUGAGGGACAUUCAGAACAUGAUGAAGAUGAUCCCAGACGGAUACGAUGCCAUUGUCCCAAUCGUACCCUACCUCAACUGGUCAUCCUACAACCGCUCUCUGCUUGUCUUGCAGCUCUCCAUUCUCACCACGAUCGUCAUGUUCUUCAUCGGGCCCCUCCUUCCCCUGCGCUUGAUCUUUCUUAUCGGUGGUGAGGCUGUGUUCAUAUCGAAGCACCCGUGGGUGCAACCAGUGAUAGAGGCGGUCGGGAAGAUCCGCGCUUCUGCUGCGAACGGAUCCUCAAACGAUCAGCAGCUCAGAAGCGUAAUGCGCAAGCGCGGGCGGGAGGCGAGCCAUCGCCUUCGCACAUGGCUCGAGCUGGACAGGCUCGAAGACAGUGUGUGGGAGAAAGGGUGGCGCGAUGUGGAGAUGUUUGAGAACGAACGCUUCGGCGGGCCUGGUGCGGACUCUGCCGUAACAACCUCCACAAACAAGCGGGCGGGCUGGGGAGCGGGCAAUAUCCGACCUGGGGAACGAAAACCAUGGACGAAGGCUUCAGAUGGCUGGUCGGCUGCUUCAGAGCUUGAAGGGACAGGCUAUGAGCUAGAUCUCAGGCAAGUCGCAUCAUCACUCGAAAAGGGCUGGGCGUGGGUCGAAGGCGACGACUGGCGGAUAGACUGGGCUGGCGGCUGGUCCGCCGUCGGUGUUGAUGAUGAAGGCUACGUCUACACGGAUGGAGAUUGGCAACGCCCCGCUCCGUACCCGUAUGGCCAUCCGGGUGAACCAGAGUACCCAGUCUUGCCGCCCGAAGCGGCUGCGGCCACGAAGAUCGCCAGCGACGGUGCUGACGUCAGCAGGUCCAGGAGAGAGACUGAUGGACGCAGCUUACCCGCCGCUGCACUCAGCAGCAACGUCAAGGCGCAGACCAGGCGCAGACGGUGGCUGCGACGAGCGGUGCGAGUAUGAUGGGCGCACCGCCGUCGACUUACUCACAGAAUGCAUGUGCAGGAGCGCUGGCAAAAUUGUAUUCAUUAUCUUCUGUUGUUUUGCUUUUGAGAAAGCCAGUCUAUGCA